AUGCGUAAGUAGGUGGGGCUAAAAUAACAUGGCGGCAGUUGAAGUAGGAAGAGGAGGUGAAGAUGAAGAGGACGAUGCGGUGCCCGAAGAGAUCGAGGAGACGUGUCUGGAGGUACACGAGGCUCUUGCUGGAGUCGACAGACUAUUGAAACCAGUUCUGUCGGUGGGUAGAGUCAGUCUGGAGGAGAGGAUGGACGAGCUGGACUCGGCUUCUCUCAUCCUAUUGCUAGCCUACACCAUGAACUCUCUGUUUUGGGUCUAUCUCACCACUCAGGGAGUGAGUCCAAAGGCUCAUCCCGUCAAGAAAGAACUGGAAAGACUCCAGAAGGCAAUGAGCAGAGCUAAGAUUCUCAGUGAGCAAAGGAGAGGAGCUCAGCCGAAGGUGAAUGUGGGUGUGGCCAAGAGAUUGGUGAGAGGUGCUCUGUGGGAGCAGAAUCCUCAAAAGAGACCGCGAGAAGAGGGGGCGGGGCAAGGGGAGGAGUCUCCCAGCAGCAAACGACCUUCAAAAUAGUCAUCAUCUUUACUGUCACACUCACUAUGUACAACUCAUCUCUGCCUGUAACUUCAGUAGAGAAGAGUGUGAGGUGUAUUCGUUGCUAGGUUUGCCAUUUUUCGUACAACAAACUGAAUCAUUGAGAUAUGACAUCAUAAAACACAACUGACAAACAAGAGGGGGGAUGACUGG